GACGCACGACCCCGCCCCCGGCCGCUCCGCAGCAGUGCCAGCCUAGCAGAGUCUGCGAGGCGGGCAGCUGAGGUGGCGGAGGAGCAGCAGCUCCAGCAGCCGGCAAGCGAGCGCCCGGCGCCCCACGGAACUUCCCCGCAGCCGCCCCGGCGGCGUCCGCCUGUCCCAUGUCCCGCAAGGCGAGCGAGGACGUGGAGUACACGCUGCGCAGCCUGAGCAGCCUGAUGGGCGAGAGGCGCCGCCGGCAGCAGGAGCCCGGGGCGCCGGGCGGGGAGCGCAGCCUCCUGGCCGCCGAGUCGGCCGCCAGCCUGCAGGGCGCGGAGCUGGAGCGCGCGGCGCGCAGGCAGUUCCAGCGAGAUGAGACCCCCGCCUUCGUGUACGCGGCCGCCGCCUUCUCGGCGCUCGGCGGCUUCCUGUUCGGCUACGACACCGGCGUGGUGUCGGGGGCCAUGCUGCUGCUGCGGCGCCAGAUGCGCCUGGGCGCGAUGUGGCAGGAGCUGCUGGUGUCGGGCGCGGUGGGCGCGGCCGCCGUCGCGGCGCUGGCCGGAGGGGCCCUGAACGGCGCCCUCGGUCGGCGCAGCGCCAUCCUGCUGGCCAGCGCCCUGUGCACCGUGGGCUCCGCCGUGCUGGCCGCCGCCGCCAACAAGGAGACGCUGCUGGCCGGUCGCCUGGUCGUGGGGCUCGGCAUCGGUAUUGCAUCCAUGACAGUGCCCGUGUACAUAGCAGAGGUCUCUCCACCCAAUCUGAGAGGUCGCUUGGUCACCAUCAACACCCUCUUCAUCACAGGCGGACAGUUUUUUGCAAGUAUUGUUGAUGGAGCCUUCAGUUACCUGCAGAAGGAUGGAUGGAGGUACAUGUUGGGACUUGCAGCCAUUCCAGCCGUUAUACAGUUUCUUGGAUUCCUCUUUUUGCCCGAAAGCCCUCGGUGGCUGAUACAGAAAGGACAGACUCAGAAGGCUCGCCGAAUUUUGUCCCAGAUGCGUGGCAAUCAGACUAUUGAUGAGGAGUAUGACAGCAUCAGGAACAGCAUUGAGGAAGAGGAAAAGGAAGCCACCGCAGCUGGACCUAUAAUCUGCAGAAUGCUGAGUUACCCACCAACCCGCCGAGCGUUAGUUGUGGGAUGUGGUUUACAGAUGUUCCAGCAGCUGUCCGGCAUCAACACCAUCAUGUACUACAGCGCAACCAUCCUGCAGAUGUCGGGCGUAGAGGAUGACAGACUUGCGAUAUGGCUGGCUUCCAUCACGGCUUUCACUAAUUUCGUUUUCACACUGGUUGGAGUCUGGCUCGUCGAGAAAGUGGGUCGCAGGAAGCUUACUUUUGGUAGUUUGGCAGGUACCACAGUAGCACUUAUUAUUCUUGCCUUGGGAUUUCUGCUCUCCGCGCAGGUCUCACCAAGGGUCACUUUCAGACCAACAGCUCCUGCGGGUCAAAAUGCCACCUGCACGGGAUACAGUUACUGUAACGAGUGCAUGCUGGACCCAGACUGCGGUUUCUGCUACAAGAUCAACAAUUCGGCUGUCAUCGACUCCUCCUGUGUUCCAGUUAACAAAGCGUCUACAAACGAAGCAGCCUGGGGCAGGUGUGAAAAUGAAACCAAGUUCAAAGCAGAAGAUGUUCACUGGGCUUACAGUUUCUGCCCUACCCCGUAUUCCUGGACAGCACUUGUGGGCCUGGUGUUAUAUCUUGUUUUCUUUGCACCUGGAAUGGGACCAAUGCCCUGGACCGUGAACUCUGAAAUCUAUCCUCUCUGGGCAAGAAGUACAGGAAAUGCGUGCUCAGCUGGAAUAAACUGGAUUUUCAACGUGCUGGUUUCCUUGACCUUUUUACACACAGCUGAAUAUCUUACAUAUUAUGGAGCAUUCUUCCUCUACGCUGGAUUUGCGGCUGUGGGACUGCUUUUUGUCUAUGGCUGUCUUCCUGAAACCAAAGGGAAAAAAUUAGAGGAAAUCGAAUCGCUCUUCGACCACCGGCUAUGUACAUGUGGCACUGCUGACUCGGAUGAAGGGAGAUACAUUGAGUACAUCCGUGUGAAGGGAAGCAACUAUCAUCUCUCCGACAACGACGCUUCUGAUGUGGAGUAACUUUCACCUGAUGACUUUCUAGUUACUGAAGUGAAUGUGGCGGGAAGGCCAGCGGUUGGUCACUGCCCUGCUCGCAAGCUGUGUCUCCCCACACUCCUUGCAAACGACUCCAUAUUCCAGAAGACUUGAUGAGCAGAAAAAUACAACCGUGGUGAUAUUUAUUUUCAUACACAGAAAUGCUAUAAAAAGAACACAGAUUUUUCUUAAGCAAAUGUGUAUAAGCCCUUCCUGAGACAGUCUAAACAUUGCUGUUGUACCCAGUGACUUCGAUUGGGAUCCCUUUCUCCUUAAACCACAUAUAAUUACUAGUGGUAACACAGUCAGUGUUAAUCUAGGCAGAUUAUAUAUGUAUAUUUAUAAAGGAUUAUUUAAAGUGACCUAAAGAUAUUUAAUGUCAAAACAUGGCCUAUUAACCUUAAAUUUUCACAUCCAGUAGUGGCUUUUCUCUGAUCAGCACAAAGUAAAUUCCAUCUAAACUUCCACCCACAAAUUCAGAAGUCCUAUGAGGACACAGCUGUCCCUCUCGCCUUUGGCUUCCAGAUGUUGGCUUCUCCAACACAGAUAUGGAAAUUCCCUCAGAGGCUGAGUACACGGGAUCUUUUGAACAUUAUCCAAAGCGGGCCUUUUAAGGGUUAUUUUCGUACUUUUUUUCCAUCAGUGAUGAGUAUAUUUGCAGAGACAAACUAGCAUGUUUUGAUAAGUAUAUUUUAUUGUCCAAGUAAGAAAGAACAGAUUUUUAUACAUUCUGAUUCGUUAGUCACUUUGGAAUGCAAUUGUAAAUGUGAAGCAGGACCAGGUGGUCAACUGUAUUCCAGGGUCACUUCCACACCAGACUCUACGUUGUCACACCCUGGCUCCUGCUGUUCUGUGCCUUCCUUGGUGUUAAAUGACAGCUGCUGGCAGACUGGUUCUCUCUUUCUGUUACACAAGAGGAAAGAAGUCAGUGGCGGAGAUGUUAUUGACAUUUAAUUUAAAUCCUAGAAAAUCUUCCUCCAGAUGUUUUACUGGCGUGUACUAAGGACAGGAGCACACCUCACUUCUAAUUACUGAUUUCCCCCUGAGGAAGUGAGCUACUUUUAAUCCCUUGUUCUUUCCUCAUUCUUAGUAAUUUGCUACACAAGUGAAAUUCGAAGCUGUGUCUGCUUCUUUAUUUCAGACUUGGUUUGGUUUUCUGUCUGGAGAAAAACGCAAUUUCUCCGUUGGAAAAAGGCAUAAGUAGGUUCUAAUGCCACAGUCGGUAAAACAUGUUGACCUUCUACUGUAUCUCUCUAAGUAUUUGAUGGUGUCUCUGUUCAUUCAACCCUGACUUCCUAAUUCUUACCACCCUGCUAAGAGCUAUGUGAUACAAACAAAAUUACUUGCUCACAAAAGUCAUUUAUUUGUGUGUUCUUCUAAAGCUGUGGGUGAAUCUGAUGGCCUCUUUGGAACACAUGAGUUUGAUUCUGCACACUAUGAUUUAAACAUCUAGUUAAGGUACAUACCCAGGUGAGUGAUGGCUAGUGACAGAAGAAAGCAUCUCUGCCAAUCUCCAAAAUGUUUAUUCUUGCUGCUUCUUACCGUAAUUACCAAGCAGAGACUGUAGCGAAGGAAGUUAUCCUCUGGUCACCAGAGAUUACACAGUCAAUUUCCCGCCCUACAAAUAAAUCCUUCAACCAAAAGAGGACAUCCUCUCUUUGGUUAUUUAACAUUAUUUUUUUUAAAAAACCAACUAACAAACUAUUUUGGAAAAGGUUCCUCAAAUUAGGUGCUUUGAAAUUUAUUUAUAGAGAAUAUUGGUACUGAUUUUUCUCGAGAGCAGAAGUUAUUAUUUAAUAGGAUAUUAUUUGAUAUUUCUGAUCUCUUAAGAUAUUUCUUAACUCGGUAGCAUUUUACAAGAUCAAAUGCAGUAUUGUUAGCAUAUUAUGGGAAGAAAAAAAUGAGAAAAGUGCUCCUUUUAAAAUACGGUUUUCUCACUUGUCCUACCCUUACCUCAGUUCUUCCCUUUGAGGUCCAUGGAGCCUUAAGCACACAUCAGAGCUGGCACAGGGUAUCUUUUUUAAAGGGACAGCUAGAAUCCAUAGUCCUCAAAGCUCGGUGUGACCUGUUCUUGCUGACAUAAAAACAUGUAUGUUCUCAGCUUUAUGUCCCUAAAUUAACAUAAUAUUGGGAAAUCAUCCACCUUCUUCCUGCCCUGUUCCCUUCAUCAUUUCUAAAAAGUAUUUGUUAUCUACAUAGUAACAGUAGUUCAUACCUUUAACAUACAAGACAGAGAGGCACAAAUAAGAUUUACUUAUAACUUGUAAAAAAGCAACUCAAUACUUGAAAAGGAACCUUCUAUAAUCCAGAUAUGAUUUUUAGAUUUGCUGAACAUUUAUAAUACAUUAAAUUUUCAGCUUUUUAUUCUAUUGAGCACCUAUUCUAUUAAACCAUCAAGCGUAUAUUUUGUAGGACAAUUUCUAUAUGAUAUGAUUUGACCUGAUACAUUAAAAUAGAAAUAUUAAGCAGUGUACUUACUACUGCAGUGAUAGCUUUCUUUCCAGACACUUUCCGAAUCCAAUACAGGUGUACUUCAUUUGGGAACAUUGGGUGAAGAAGGUCAUGACCUUGCCUGCAAUCUGGCUGGGUGGCUAAUGUGCAGGAGAAUUAAGAAUGCAUCAUUUUGUAUAAAUAUAAGCACAUACUGUUGAAAAUGAUGUCAAAAAAGACUUGAUGUUGUGGUCUGUGGAUACAGUUCAGUGGUAGAGCACUGGUCUGAAAAGAUCGGGUCUUAAUAUUUUUCUUCCGUGUAAACAUCUGUAAUAAUUUUGAUUGUUACACCUACAUCUGUCAUCAUCUAAAACAUGGCUUUGAGUAUACAUGUAGAUCUACAUAAAAGGUAUUUCCAGGAGAAAAACCACCAGAAUCUUUCCAACAGUUUAUCAGUGAAGCACACUUUAGGAUCCAGUCUUAACAAUUGUUAACACUCUAACGUGGGAAACCGGUGAAAGCAGAGUUUAUAGAUCUUUGUUGUAACUUCAGUGUCCAUUCAACAGAGAGAAAGACUGGGAAAAAUUGACACCUGACCCAUUUAGUUUUUAAGAGCGAAGUAAAAUUGCAAUUUAUCGUUAAUAAUCAUACCUCUCGGGGCAGGAGUGCAGUGGUGUUUUAGACAGUGCUACUCAUGUCUUCUAUGAUAACCAAGCAUGAUAAAGUUUCAGUUACCAUUUUCCUAACUAGGAACAAAAGGAUUAGAUUGUACAGCCAGGCCAAGAGUAGAGGAUUCCUGGUAGAUGCUCUCUAGAAAAUUAUUCUACAUUCUACCUUAAACUGCAAAGUUGGAGAUGAAGUUCACAGUUCAAAAGUAGCUACUGCCUAUAAAAAGACUCAGAAUUAUUCUCUGGGUUAAUUUUUAACGUCCUUCACCCUAUCAAUUUCUACCAAUCCUGGCCUCGUGCACAGUAAGGUUCUUUCAGUUCUCCAGGGUGAUCAGUAGCGCUGCCUCCAUGGGAAACAGCAAUCAGUUGCAAAUGCCAAACAGCUAACUAACUGCUCAGCUCUUCCUUGUAUGCUGUUUAGGGAAGACAAUACAUGUGUGCCAAUAAUCUUCAGAGAAUUGUUUUAUGAAUAUUCAUGUUCAGAAGUACCAGGAAGUAUUUUAUCGUUAUCAUAAUAUGCUUGUGAGUUCAGAACAGUAUACAUCUCUAAAUCUUCCUAUGUGUACAGUGCAGUCUAUAACACUUUAGUAAUCUGGUCAACAGGACUUCAUUGACUUUGUUUACAACUAAUAUUCACAUUUUAGACAAUUAGACUCAUAGGAUUGGUUUCUUUUGUCAUGUCCAUAUAAAUAAGAAGUGGACUGUGCAGAUAAUCAGUACUCAAACUUACGAAUCAAUACUUUAUGAAGUUUUAAGAUUUUGCUAAAUUCAACAUCCCAUUUCACUUAAAGUUUAGACACUAUAAUAUUAACUCUAGCCAAAGUAGAAAUUUAUGACCCAUAUCCAUGUCCAGAUCCUCUGGCGGCUCCUGUACUACGUCUCACUUGAUGUUACAAUACUGUCUGUGAGAAAUGUUCUCAUUUCUAUUUAGGAGAUCUAAGUAGGCAUCUCUAUUCCAUCAGGAGUUUCUUGCUGUUAGAGGUAUAUGUAUUUUGAACUGUAUUUCCUUUUCUAGCGCAUGUUAUCUACUGUUUAAUAUUUGACAAAUCUUGGCAAGUUUAGUCUUUUCAUUCCUACCUGUGACAUACAGAAUAUCUCUUGAGAACUGCCACUGUCCCAUUUACCAAAUCAUGCUAGCCUAUGCUGUAUCAAAAGUAUGGUCUAUUUUAUGGAGAUUUAGUGAUAUACACGUAAAUGUUUUUUAAGUUAUUUUACUGAACUUCAAUAUUUACAUGAAGUUACAAUCUUUUUUUAAAGAAAGUGUCAGUGCCAGAACUGUAUAAGAAAACAAUCAAAUAAAAGUAAAGAUAAUUCACUGUC